UAGAUCGCCGGCGUGCAGAAGCUUGUGGCAGAUGAGAGGGAAGCAGGAAGGUACCAAGCAUGGGAGCAGCACCGGAACGGCGGCGAUGUGGCUGCUGCUCCCUCCUGUCCUAGUUCUGAUUGUGCUCAAGACUGGCUUCCUGCCGCAGGUCGCUCACUUUCGGGAGACUGGAUUCACCAAAGUCUCAGACGAAAUGGUCCACAAGGUUUCAACCUUAGGUCUGGGCGGUGCAACGCGGCAGCAGCAAUCACAUGACACGGUGAAGCGAGAAGCUGCAAAAGAUGUGUCAGCACCAAUCAGCAAGUUAACCUGCAACUUCAACAAUGCUCACUCUGACAUCUGCACAAUGGAAGGCGACCUGCGAGUCCACGGCAAAUCCGCCACAGUCUAUGUCGUCUCAGCAUCUACCUUCCGGCCGGAGAAUUCAUCCAUCAAGGUCCAGCCAUACACGCGAAAGUGGGAGAAAGAGACCAUGUCGAGGAUCCGGGAGGUCACCAUGCGAUCCAUGCCUCCAGCACCUUACAGUUUCACUAUCCCACCGCGAUGCACGGUCAGGCACGACGUGCCAGCAGUGGUCUUCUCCACCGGUGGCUGCGGCACAAACUUCUUCCACGCCAUGAGCGACCUCAUCGUCCCACUCUACAUCACAGCCCAUGAGUACAGUGGCCGCGUCCAGCUGGUCAUCACUGACUACGAACCCAAAUGGGUUGCCAAGUUCAGGCCGAUCCUCGCCGCUCUAUCCAUGCACCCGGUGAUAGACUUGGAUGCCGACACCGCCGUGCGCUGCUUCCCGUCGGCGCGUGUUGGGUUGGAGAGCCACAGGAUGCUUGGGAUCGACCCAAGUCUCUCCCGCAACGGUUACACCAUGAUGGGAUUCCGUGACUUCCUCCGGUCCACCUUCUCGCUGCAGCGGCCAUGGACGACCCCUGUGAUAAGUAGGAGCACCGGACGGAAGCCUCGGCUCGUCAUGGUUCUCCGGCGCCACUCGAGGGCAAUAACGAAUGAAGCUGACGCCAUCAGCUCCAUGGUAGAUCUCGGCUUUGAGGUGGUUGCUGCAGGACCGGAGGACGCCAGUGACAUGGGCCAAUUCGCCGGGGUGGUGAACUCGUGCGACGUGAUGGUGGGCGUGCACGGCGCCGGGCUGACCAACAUGGUGUUCUUGCCUCACAACGCCACGGUGGUGCAGAUCAUUCCCUGGGGAGAGAUGAAGGUGGCGUGCAGGUAUGACUUCGGCGAUCCGGUGCCGGAUAUGGGGCUCCGGUAUGCAGAGUACGAGGUGACCGCGGAGGAGACCACACUGAACGAGAAGUAUCCCAGGGACCACCCUGUGUUUACUGACCCUGCUUCCUUACACCGCCAGGGUAAACUUUGGGAGAUCUUCCUGCAGGGCCAGAACGUCACCCUGGACAUCGGCCGGUUCAGAGGGGUCAUGCAGCACGUGUACCAGUCCAUCACCACGGACUAGAGUCGAAGGCAGGUAUAAGGCUGUUGCUGAAGUGAUACAGAUCAAUGUGUAUUUUUCCUCUUCUUUUUUGGUUUUGUUUUUCAGCUCCUAGUCAUUGUUACCCAUUAGUCACAGUAUAGUAUAUGAAAAUAAUGGCGGAAGUGUUAGAGGGUUGCCGCGCAUGACUUGUCUUGGUAUGAAUUUUAUUUAUUUUUUAUGAAUAAGGAGGGGCAAGCCCCUACUGGGUAUAUAUAUAGAUUAAGAUGGAAAAGAAGUAUAUACAUCAACCGAGGUAAAAAAAGAUUUA